CGCAGCUUUGAGGCGUUCCAUCAUACACCAAACUCCUGCAGCUUCACCUUCCCUCUUCCUCCCCCAUCGUCCUCCUCCUCCUUCUGGAGAGAGAGCUCAACAGAGUCACGCUUGCAAGCUAGAGAAGAGACGUCAAGAGGAGGAUCCACAUAGAGGAAAAAAAAAUCCCCCCCUCUCCUCUCUCUCUUCUGCUGCCUCUCUUCGUUGCAUCCUACAGGCGGCAAGGAGUGAAGAGGAGUGAGGAGGAUCCCCCGGCACAUUUUCUGCGCCGCUUCCCUGCAAUUUCUGUGGCCGCAUCACAGCGUGUGGAGAGUGGGGAGAGCCGCCGAGAGCUCGAUCGGUGACAUCGCUCUGCAGCAGCAGAACAAGGAGCAUCACAGAGGAGCCGGGAUGCUUAACAACCUGACCGACACAGAGGAGGGGGACGGGGGAGCGCAGAGCCAGGGUGACAGUAACCCAAAAGAGAGCAGCCCCUUCAUCAACAGCAGUGAAGCUGCCGCUGAGAAGAACCAGCAAUAUGAUGGCAAGAACAUGGCCUUGUUUGAGGAGGAGAUGGACACCAGUCCUAUGGUGUCAUCUCUUCUCAGCAGCCUGGCCAACUACUCCAACCUUCCCCAAGGCUGCAAGGAGCAUGAGGAGGCUGAGAACAACGAGGCAGAGUCAGCGCGCAAGAAACCCGUCAAGGCCCCUCAGCUUGGCACCCUGAUGGGCGUCUACAUGCCCUGCAUCCAGAACAUUUUCGGAGUGAUCCUUUUCCUCAGGAUGACCUGGCUGGUUGGAAUCGGAGGUGUCAUCGGGACCUUCAUCAUCGUCUUCAUGUGUUGUGCCACUACGAUGCUGACUGCCAUCUCGAUGAGUGCCAUCGCUACCAAUGGAGUAGUGCCAGCUGGUGGCUCCUACUACAUGAUUUCCCGUUCACUGGGCCCUGAGUUUGGUGGAGCAGUGGGGAUCUGCUUCUACCUGGGAACCACCUACGCUGGAGCCAUGUACAUCCUGGGAGCCAUUGAGCUGCUGCUGAUCUACAUAGCUCCCAAAGCAGCCAUCUUCCCCCUGGAGGGCCUGGAGGGUGCCGAGGCAGAAGCCGCCCUGCUGAACAACAUGCGCGUGUAUGGGACCAUCCUGCUGACCUCCAUGGCCACUGUGGUAUUUGUUGGCGUCAAGUAUGUGAACAAGCUGGCCCUGGUGUUUCUGGCCUGUGUCAUCCUCUCCAUACUGGCCGUCUAUGCCGGAGUCAUCAAGACCGGCAUUGACCCACCCGAUUUCCCCGUUUGUAUAUUGGGGAAUCGCACUUUGGUGUGGAAGAACUUUGAUGUUUGUGCCAAAACCAUUGAGACCGCUAAUGGGACAAUCACCACCCAGCUGUGGCGCAUGUUCUGUGACUCACCUUUCUUGAACGCUACCUGCGACAAAUAUUUCGUGGCCAACAACGUGACUCAGAUCCAGGGAAUUCCCGGGGUUACCAGCGGAGUCCUGGCAGACAACCUGUUUGGGACCUACUAUGAGAAGGGGGAUCUGAUUGCCAAACCUCUCCUGGAGUCAGUGGAGGACCAUGAUGACCCUCUGACCAACGCUAACCGCUACGUGUUAGCUGACAUCACCAGCUUCUUCACUCUGCUGGUUGGCAUUUACUUCCCAUCAGUGACAGGAAUCAUGGCUGGAUCUAAUCGCUCCGGCGAUCUGCGUGAUGCCCAGAAGUCAAUCCCCAUUGGAACCAUUGCAGCCAUCACAACCACCUCCUUUGUCUACAUGUCCAGUGUGAUUCUGUUUGGUGCCUGCAUCGAGGGGGUGGUCCUCAGGGACAAGUUCGGAGAGGGCGUGCAUGGGAACUUGGUCAUUGGGACGUUGGCUUGGCCGUCACCAUGGGUGAUCGUAAUUGGCUCUUUCUUUUCCACUUGCGGGGCAGGGCUCCAGAGCCUGACGGGAGCUCCCCGUCUUCUGCAGGCCAUCGCCAAGGAUGGUAUUGUGCCUGCCCUUCGGAUCUUUGGCCACGGAAAGGCUAAUGGAGAACCGACAUGGUCCCUCCUGCUGACAGCUUGUAUCUGUGAAAGCGGCAUCCUCAUUGCCUCCUUGGAUUCUGUGGCUCCCAUCCUCUCCAUGUUUUUCCUGAUGUGCUAUAUGUUUGUGAAUCUGGCCUGUGCCCUCCAGACACUCCUGAGGACUCCAAACUGGAGACCCCGCUUCAAGUUCUAUCACUGGGCUCUGUCCUUCCUUGGGAUGAGCUUGUGUCUCACUCUCAUGUUCCUCUGCUCCUGGUACUACGCCAUAGUGGCCAUGGGGAUCGCUGGCUCUAUCUACAAAUACAUUGAGUUUGCAGGUGCGGAGAAAGAAUGGGGUGAUGGGAUACGCGGUCUUUCUCUGAGCGCUGCACGAUACGCUCUCAUGCGCCUUGAGGAAGGCCAACCACACACCAAGAACUGGAGACCUCAGCUGCUGGUGCUGGUUAGCACAGAUGCAGAGCAGAAUGUGGAGCAGCCUCGUCUGCUAUCUCUCACCAACCAGCUGAAGGCAGGCAAAGGUCUCACCAUCGUCGGGACGGCUCUGGAGGGCACCUACCUGGCGAACUACGAGCAGGCCCAGCGUGCAGAUCAGGCACUGCGCAAAUUGAUGGAGACUGAGAAGGUGAAGGGCUUCUGCCAGGUGACCGUCUCCUCAAACCUCCGUGAUGCUACAUCCCAUCUGCUGCAGGCCAGUGGGCUGGGAGGCCUGAAACACAAUGCUGUGCUGGUCUCCUGGCCACGCAACUGGAAGCAAGGAGACGAGAACCAAACCUGGAGGAACUUCAUUGAGCUGGUCAGAGAAACCACCAUUGCCCGCCUCGCUCUCCUUGUACCAAAGAACAUUUCAGCAUUCCCGUCCAACGGCGAGCGCUUUACUGAAGGUCACAUUGAUGUGUGGUGGAUCGUCCAUGAUGGAGGCAUGUUGAUGCUGCUGCCCUUCCUGCUCCGCCAACAUAAGGUCUGGAGGAAGUGCAAGAUGCGCAUCUUCACUGUGGCCCAGAUGGACGACAACAGCAUCCAAAUGAAAAAGGACCUGACUACUUUCCUGUAUCAUCUCCGCAUUGAUGCUAUGGUGGAAGUUGUUGAAAUGCAUGACAGUGACAUCUCAGCCUACACGUACGAGAAGACGCUGGUGAUGGAACAACGCUCACAGAUGCUGAAACAGAUCAACCUGACCAAGACCGAGCGCGAGAGGGAGAUCCAGAGCAUCACUGAUUCCUCCCGCGGAUCUAUUCGCCGUAAGAACCCAGCCGCCGUGACCACCCAGCUGAGUGUGACCGAGGAGCCACCUGCCACCAGCAAAGAGGAGAAACCUGAAGAAGAGUCAAAGUCGGCCUCUCCCCCUGUAUCCCCCCCUGCUCAGGUCCAGCUCAUCCAUGACAACACCACCCCAGCCAGUCCCGCCACCCCAGCGACCCCGCUGACCCCCGGAGAGGAGGCUCAGAGUCCCGGGGAGCAGAUCCAGAGGACCUGGACGGAGAAGUGUGACGGUGAAGCAGCCAAGCCUCUCGGAGUGACCACACAAGAUGACAUCAAGGACAUCUUCAACAUGAAGCCAGAGUGGGAGAACCUGAACCAAUCUAAUGUGCGCCGCAUGCACACAGCACUCCGGCUGAAUGAAGUCAUCCUUAAAAAGUCCUCAGAGGCCAAGCUAGUUCUCCUGAACAUGCCAGGGGCACCCAGGAACCGGACAGGUGAUGAGAACUACAUGGAAUUCCUUGAGGUCCUCACCGACGGUCUAAACCGAGUCCUCCUGGUUCGCGGAGGCGGCCGCGAGGUCAUCACUAUCUAUUCCUGAAAGAGCAGCACCCUUGCCCCCGCUACAUUCCCCUUGCUCUGUUCCAGCUGUACUCUCACCUCUUCAUCAGCAUUGCUUCAUUAUGAGGUCCUGUUUAUUUCUGUGCUGUAGUGUUCUCACACCCAACAAAUAGCCCCGCUCAGCUUCAGCGCCUCUCCCUCUGCUCUACCCACAGACGGACGAAUCCAAAACCUUCCCUCUGCAAACUCUGAAAAUGAAAUCAUUCAUAUUUCCAUUUAAUCCACUCUAACUCGGUUGGGAUGAGGUGUUGGCGAGUGCGGGUUCUUCGCUGAAGUGUGAAAAACCCUGCAUGUAUAUGUCUGUUAUUGCUUUAAUCUCUGUAUUUUUAUUUAUUUAUUUUUUAUUUUUUGUCUUUCUGAACACAAGAGUGGGACAGACAUGGCUUCUAAUCGUCACAAGCGUUAUCUGAAAUCUGAAAUGAGAUCAUUGUAGGAUUAGAUCUCUUGAGUUCCUUGUGGUGAUUGGACUCUUCCGGCAGCCUUUGUCAUGACGGACUCUGCAAUCCGCAGUCAGGAUCACCGGCUGGAGGGCGGAGGAGAGUACAGCUGGGGAAGUAUGAACUGUGAAACUCACUUAAAUCCAGGAGGCUAAAAUGUGGCUCUACUCUGCAGUCUUAUCUUUAACCUGCUCACUCUUUAGCAUGACAUUUUCAACCGCUGUGUAUGUUUUUACUCCACUUGUUCUGUUACUGUCACCUCUUUCUUUCCCUCUCUAUCCCCCACCCGAGACUUUUCUGCUCAUUUCUAAGUGGCUGUUUUAUCUUUGCGGCCACUGUUUGUGCCAAAAAAAAGUACAAGGCUAGUUUGUUGAGAUUGACACGUAAUUAAACUGUGAAUAUAGUCUCCUAGCAGAAGGCUGGGGUCCCAGCAAAGUGGGGAGACAGUUACAAAGUCCCCCCCAGCAGGAGGAGGAUGUUAUCGUCGCCAGCACCUCUCGAACCCUUGUGUGAUUCACUGUAAAUAAUGUACAAGCUCUGAUGCGUUGUUCAGUAUGAGUGUAGUAUUUUUGUGACCAACUGAAAAGCUUCUAAGUGGAGAGAAAAAGGCUCCUUCGCUCAGAAAGAACACUGAAAAAUGCUGUUUUUAAAAAAAAAAUUAUUUAUUUAUUUUAUUUUAUCUAUUUAUUGGCUCCCAUUACUAUGGUAAACAUCAUUGCUAGGAAAAGCACCUGCACUCUUCACCACUGUGCGACAAGUGAGACUUUGAUGCUUUUAAAGAAAAACAAAAUCACUAAAUGUUAUUUUUUCAUCUAGAGAAAUAUUUAUGUCACUUUGAUUGUCAGAGAUAAAUCACCUGUUUUGACAAAUUCUUAUACAUUAAUGUGCCAAAUCAAAGUAUUUUUCAGAGAAAUAGUGAAGAAAGCUAUAUCAAAUUCCACUAUAUGAGACAAAGUGUUGUAAAAAAAAAAAAAAAGUGAAAAUAGUAAAGAUACUUUAGUUUGAAAGUGGUC